GGUUGUUAGAAGACAUCCUCACACAUCCUUUUGUUCUACUCACAGACUUUUGGGACCAGUUUCCACUGCAAUGAUUUUCACAGCAGAGCAGGUUGCAUGUGUGUGCGAGGUCCUCCUGCAGAGCGGUUGCAUGGAUCGUCUUGCUGGCUUUCUUCGUACUCUUCCUCCUCCUUCCCUCUCCUCCUCAUUCUCCUCCUUCUGCCCUGGGGAGCUGGAGAGUGUGCUGAAGGCUAAAGCUGCAGUGGCGUUUCACCAGGGCAGCUUCACUGACCUCUACACCCUGCUGGAGGGCUUCCCCUUUUCCCCAUGCAGCCACGCGCUCCUGCAGCAGCUCUGGCUCAGAGCCCACUACAUGGAGGCCGAGAGGCAGAGGGGCCGACCCCUGGGGGCAGUGGGGAAGUAUCGCGUCAGGAGGAAGUUCCCUCUACCACACACCAUCUGGGACGGAGAGGAGACCAGCUACUGUUUUAAGGAGAAAUCACGGGGUAUACUCCGUCAGUGGUACCGCUAUAAACCCUAUCCCUCUACCCGGGAGAAGCGGCAGCUGGCAGCGGCCACCGGCCUGACCACCACCCAGGUCAGCAACUGGUUCAAAAACCGCAGGCAGAGGGACCGGGCCCCGGACCUGCAGGGUUUUCAAAUAUCUUGCUCUGGAGGGACCUCAGGAGAAGGGGACCCUUCCUCUGACAACGACUGUUCACCUCCAGGGAGCCCACUACCCCUACACCAUCGCCCCCCUCCUCCUCCCCUCUCUCACCCACCACCUCCUCUACGUCACAUAUGUGGAGGCCUCCACUGAGUCUGCCAUUCAAGUGUUUCAUUUUUGUUUUUUUAUAACUAUAACUUAACAGUUUGCUUCGACUGAAAUGUAAAUUCUAUUUUCUGGUGUCCAUAAAACAAAUACUUAGCAAGUAAAGUUUGUUACCAAAACAUGACUUAGCAGACGUUAUUCUUUAACAUCAUAGAUGAAAGAUAAGAAGGGAUGCUACUGGAAAAAUG